AAAGUCCCUUCCUGUGCAGUCAGAUAGCAGUCCUGAUCCUGAGUUCCCUUUACGCUGGGAAAAGCAAGUGCUCAGCAACUUGUCCAAUGCACUUGACGACUUCAUUUCAGCUGGACCAGACCGGAUUUGUUGGUGACUUGUGGAUCAUCAGUCCUGGAGCCUUUGGAUUCCACCUCAGUGUUCUUGACUGAGCGAUGGAGUCUUUUGCUGCUGACACCAAUUCAACUGACCUACAUUCACGGCCUCUGUUUCAACCCCAAGACAUUGCCUCCAUGGUCAUUCUUGGUCUCACUUGUCUACUGGGGCUGCCAGGCAAUGGGCUGGUGCUGUGGGUAGCUGGUGUCAAGAUGAAGACGACCGUGAACACAGUCUGGUUCCUCCAUCUCACCCUGGCCGAUUUCCUCUGUUGCCUCUCCUUGCCCUUCUCCCUAGCUCACCUGAUCCUCCGAGGAUACUGGCCCUAUGGCUUGUUCCUGUGCAAACUUAUCCCAUCCAUCAUUAUCCUCAACAUGUUUGCCAGUGUCUUUCUGCUUACCGCCAUUAGCCUGGACCGCUGUCUGAUGGUACAUAAGCCAAUCUGGUGCCAGAAUCAUCGAAACGUGAGAACAGCCUUCGCCAUCUGUGGAUGUGUCUGGGUGGUGGCUUUCGUGAUGUGUGUACCCGUAUUUGUAUACCGUGAUCUUUUCGUUGUGGACAAUCACAGUGUAUGUAGCUAUAAGUUUUAUUCCUCCAGGCCAUUUGAUUAUUGGGAAUACAUAUACAAUCUAAAUCUAUCAGAAAGCAAUUCCCCUACUGCUUCUAGUGGUCAUUUAUACCCCUACAAUUCCCAGGAGGAUUAUUUUGACCAAGUCACAUAUGACAGUCAUGUGCCAACACCUCUGAUGGCAAUAACCAUCACAAGGGUAGUGGCGGGCUUCCUGGUGCCGCUUUUCAUCAUGGUGACUUGUUACAGCCUCAUGGUCUUCAGAAUGCGAAAAACCAACUUCACCAAGUCUCGGAACAAGACCUUUCGGGUGGCCGUGGCGGUGGUCACUGUCUUUUUUAUCUGCUGGACUCCAUACCACAUUGUUGGAGUCCUGUGGUUGAUUACUGAUCCACAAAGCUCCUUGGGGGAAGCUGUGAUGUCCUGGGAUCACAUGUCCAUCGCUUUAGCAUCUGCCAACAGUUGCUUCAACCCUUUCCUUUAUGCCCUCUUGGGGAAAGACUUUAGGAAGAAGGCAAGACAGUCCAUAAAGGGCAUUCUGGAAGCUGCCUUCAGUGAAGAGCUCACACACUCUACCAGCUGUACCCAGGACAAAGUCUCUUCAAAAAGAAAUAUGAGUACAGAUGUGUGAAGAUGUGGCGCUCGGGACCUAAGAUGUUCCCAGGUGAACACUGGUGAUGGAUGAUGUGUGAGCGGGACACUUUAGACAAUCUGGUGACUCUCAGAGAAAGGUCUCUUAUUAACAUCAGCCUCAUUUGAAAACAUUAAAGAUGAAAAACUUCAAGCCCCAUCCCAGAUGUGUUGACUCAGAAUCUCUGGCCCAUGGGGACCAGUGUUUUAACAGGCCUUCUUGUUUCCAUUAGUGUUAAGUUUUACCUCAUUUGGCUUAAUCUGUUCCCAUCCCUGACUAAGCCAUGUUCAGUGAAUAACUUUCUCAUCUGCUUCCAGUAUUAAUCCUUUUUUCCUUAGCAUCAUCGAAACUUCUAGUUUGCGUGGAAGGCUGCUCUUAUUGUCCUGAGUGAAAGAUAUUCACUUAUUGCACAGUUUUUUUUUUUUUGGUAGUGACAAGUGAUUUUUAAGUGGGGAAAGAGAGACAGUAAGAAAAGGUCUAUAAAAGCAAGGAGUGAUGAGUUAGACUUGGACAGAACACGGUGCCAAAUGCUGCCUACGAGAAGCGUCCUGAGAUAAUUCCAGUGUUCAUGAUUACCCCUGAGUGAGCACAGAUAACACAGACACUCUCCUAUUCCUGGAGUGAUUUGGAAGUUGUGGCUCUGAGCUCUCUCUUCCCUGUGUAUUCUGCGUGUUCAGUCUAUGUCCCAUUUCUUAUUUGUUUGUUGGUUUGGCUUUUUGUGUUGGUUGGUUAGUUGAUUGGUUGGUUGGUUGGUUGGUUGGUUGGUUGGUUGGUUGGUUGGUUGGAUGGUUCACUGGGUUUUCAAGGCAGUAGCCCUGGCUGUCCUGAAACUCAUUCUGUAUACCAAGCUGGCCUCAAGCUCAGAGAUCAACCUGCCUCUGCCUCCCAGGAGUCUUUAAGCUCCUGAAUACCUUCUUUCUGUUUUCCACACAGGGUCUUGCCAUCUCCUGCUAGUGUUAGGAGUGUGCAGCAUGAACCUGGCCCCAGCUUCUUCAGCUUUUUACAUUAGAUUUUGUGCCUUACAUAGAAUAUAACAGUAUUCUAAACACAUCUUUCCUUUCUCCCCAAACUCAUGUCAGACAGAAGGAGGAAUGGGAUGGUGGGUGGAACCACAGUUCUUCCGUUCACUCCAGGAUCACUGCACACUCUGACAGCAAUAUCAAAAGAUUUUAAAUGGGAGUCUAGGUGUCUGACAUGCAAAGGAGUCAGGCAUACUCUCUUUUGGAUUUUUUUCAAAUUAAUGUUUGUCUGGACCAUGGUAAUAUAAAGUACUGUAUGCACCCAAUUAUAAAAGAACUAAUUGAUGAAAUACAAAAGGGCCAUUUCUCCAGUGUUCAGUAGUUCCAGUCUCUUCCAACUUCCAAGAGAUAACCUUUGCAAGAAUUUUGGCUGUUUCUCCUGAUAUUUACCAUGAUGUGCCUAAGACAUGUACUUACACUGCUGAUCUUUGUAGAUAUGAAGAAAAGACUGUUUUGAAAGAUUUUAUUGGGGGCUGGAGAGAUGGCUCAGCAGUUAAGAGCACUGACUGCUCUUCCAGAGGUCCUUGCAUUCAAUUCCCAGCAACCACAUGGUGUCUCACAACCAUCUGUAAUGGGAUAUGAUGCCCUCUUCUGGCAUGUCUGAAGAAAGCAACCAUGUGCUCACAUACAUAAAUACAUUUGAAAGUAAAAGAAAGAUUUUACCUGCUUUACCUUUUCAUUUUUUCAUCCAGCAUCUCAGUGUUGACUGGUAUCAUUUUUAAACCUGUUCAUGACCAUUUUUCUCUUCCUUUUGUUGUCAGGUUUUGCCUGCCUUUGUGCCAGGGUCUCAGCGUAGCACAGUCUGGCCUCAAACUCACAGGUCUCUUAUCAUAGUACCGGAACUGAGCACACUACCCCGCCCAGCUGACUACACAAUUUUCCUUGUCAAUGGAUUUCAGUAACAUAUAGUGUUUCUUCUGUCCUCUCAUUUCUUCUACUAACAUAUAUUGAUUGUACAUAUUAAUAAGGUUCAACACGACUGAUCUAUACUUGCACACAACAUUCACACUUUCAUCCCCAGACUCUUCCUAAUCAUUGUUCUACUUACUGGUUGAUUUAAAAACAACAACAACAACAACAAAAAGGCUGAAGAAUCUCACACUGGCCUCAAAAUCACUAUGCAACCAAAAAUGAGUUUGAAAUUCAAAUCCUUCUGCCUCUACCUCCCAUGGGCUGGGCUUAUAGGCAUGGCACACUAUGCCCAGUCUUAUGUGGUGCUGGGAAUCAAACCCAGGUCUUCAUGCAUAGUGAUUAAGUACCCUACCAACUAAGCUGCUCCCAAGCCUGCUCAGGUGUGAUAUUUCUGGUCCUCAUAUAUGAGACUAUGUGGUACUCCUGUGUCUGCUCACAUAAUGUCCUCCAGUUCUGUCCCUUGUUGCUAAUACCAGUAUUUCACUCACUGUUAUGGCUGAAUAACACUGCAUUGUGUAUGAAUGCACGUGUGCAUGUGUUUGUGUACGUGUGUGUGUGUGUGUGUGUGUGUGUGUGUGUGUGUGUGUGUGUGUGCAUGCAUGCAUGUGUAGCAAUGGCCAUUAUCUCCCCAAUGCCUAAGCAGAUUCUAUAUCUUAGCUGCUAUGCAAAAUACUACACUCAACCUUUAGUUUAAAAAAAGAAAGGCAGCAGCUCCCACUAUAAUCUUAUGUGUGUACUUCCAUGUGUUAAAUCACUGAAACGUCAAGCUGGUUUGUACAAAUAGGCAUAUCUAAGAUGAAUGAGUUGAUCUACAAAGACAGAGGAUGGAAUGCAGUUUAGUCUUGUGAUACAUUUAUUCGGUUGUUGAGAGAAGGGCCUUAGGCCACAACUGUUGUAUGAACAAUUAUGUAGAAAUUUCAAAUCACUAAACGAUCUUGUUUGUUACAAGGUAAUUCUGGGCAUAAGACUGAAGUUCUGCCUUUCCAGUAUGAGCUGUUUAUAUAUUCCCUAUGAAUAAAUGCUUUCAUCUACAAUAUCAGAGAUUCUCUUCUCUUCAUCCUUAAAUUUUAUGUGUAUAACCAUUUUGCCCACGUGUGUGUCU